UUCCGCUUCCGCCAAUAUUUAUAAUAAUAAUUAUAUUUUUUUGUAUUGUUUUGCAGUUUAUAUUAUUUGUGUUUAACUGACUCUGAUUUGCAUACUACAAUGCUAGAACCUGUGAUGCAUAUUCUCAAACAAAAAAAUAUUAUACUGGCCAGUGGGUCUCCCAGGCGAAAAGAACUUGUUGAAAACAUUGGUCUUAAAAUCAGUUUGUGUCCAUCACUUUUUGAGGAAAAUUUGGACCCGAAAAGUUUUACCACUUUUUCAGAGUUUGUUGAGGAAACGGCUUUACAGAAAGUGCUUGAAGUUGACGAUAGACUAAAGAAUCAGUCUCACAAACCUGAUGUCGUUAUCGGCGCCGAUACAAUGGUCACCUUAGAUGGAGAAAUGUUUGGUAAACCAACAACUGAGUUAGAUGCAUUUCAGAUGUUAAAAAGACUGUCAGGUAGAACACACACUGUUUACACUGGAGUUGUUGUGAAGUCAUUUGAUGAAAUAGUUAAGUUUACGGAAAAGACAAAUGUUGUGUUUGGAGAAAUAGAUGAUGAGCAGAUCCGAGGCUACAUAGCUACUGGUGAACCCAUGGACAAAGCAGGUGGUUACGGAAUACAAGGAGUUGGUGGAACAUUUGUUGAGAGAGUGGAAGGAGAUUAUUUCACAGUUGUGGGCCUGCCGUUGUAUAGACUAUGCUCAGUCUUGUACAAUAUGUUCAAAAAUCACAAAUACAAUUAAACCAAUUGUAGUAUAAAUAUCAAACUAGUCAAUCUUGAAGGUAUAAACAUUCCUUGUUACUGAACUCUGCCAUUAGAUGGCGUUGUUAUCAUAUUAAAUCACAUUAAAGUGUUUUACAUAUAGAACUAAGUUAUAUAGUGAAAAGUAAUAGUAAAACCAAAAGAAGACAUCAAAGCUGAUUUAUCCUAGCUGUCAUGCUUUCCUAAAAUAUACUUGGAAUUGU